GGAGUAACUCUUUUUGUCGGUGAACUCUUCCUGUGAAAACUCCUUUUAGUCCUGUGUGGUAUCGCCGUGUGUAGGACACUCAAGAUGAAGUUUAACAAGAUGGUCACCUCUGACAGGGGUAAAAACAGAAAAAGGCAUUUUAAUGCCCCAUCUCACGUUCGAAGGAAAAUUAUGAGCGCCCCUUUGUCAAAAGAACUCAGGCAAAAAUACAACUGCCGCAGCAUGCCCAUCAGAAAAGAUGAUGAAGUCCAGGUAGUGCGAGGCCACUUUAAAGGGCAACAAGUGGGAAAGGUGGUGCAAGUGUAUCGCAAGAAAUUUGUUGUCUACAUUGAACGAAUUCAGCGUGAGAAGGCUAAUGGUGCCACUGUUCAUGUUGGCAUUCAUCCAUCAAAGACAGUGAUUGUAAAGCUCAAGAUGGACAAGGACAGGAAACGCAUCCUUGAGAGGAAGGCUAUGUCUCGUGUCAAGGCCAUGGCAGACAAGGGCAAAUACACAGAGGAGACAAUUGAAACUUCCUGAAUAUCUGCAGCUGACAAGUCUUAGGAGGGGAGGACAAAGCAGUUUUGGUGGCUUUUGGUUCUUCUUCAGAAUGAAAGCUUUCUCAAAUAAAAAGUUAACUAAAGGA